UAUAUAUUUAUGACUUAUAUGACCAUUUGGAUCGAACGCCCUGCCACUGGCGGGUUUUGGACAUUGAAGCUCACCCUUGCUCCAUAAUUUCAUUUUCAGCUUGAGGCAGAGUGUAGAUCAACCACCAGUAUUUCGGUUGAUAGUGCACACACAGCACAUACAUGUACUCCACCACUGCAGUACACCAUUGCCACUGACCUCCAGCUAUUCCCAGUCAAAUCCUUCACAGAGUUCCCAUUGAAUAGUAUAUAAUCUAUCUUUACUACUUACACAAAUUCCAAGCGAAGAAAGCAAGAAAGCACACACACACAAGUCGGACCAUGUUGGACAAGGCGUCCCCGUUCUUGGUCGACUCCCUUCCCGACACGGAGGAUGUACUAGUACCUUCCACUCGUACCACUCGCAGAAGCUCCAUUAUCGAGGAAGCCUCUCACGAGUUUCUCAGUAAUGAUGUCAAGCAGUACCUCCAAGAAGCCGCAGCGGCUCAUAAUAAUGAUGAUCUCAGCACGGUAGCCGAGAUGGUGGGCGCCAAGAAGCUGACCGAUGAGCAAGAUAUUCAGAAGCAUUCGCGGGUACUGGAUAAGAACGAUCGCAAGACGCGCUGCGUGUCCCUCUUGCUCAUUUUGAUUGGCGCCAUUGUCUCGGUAUCCUUUCUCUAUGUGGGGAUCACCAAAGACCGACAACUGGAAGCAGAGAGCUUUGAGGAUCUUGCCAACCACACGGCCCAAGAAGUCAGCGACGUCAUGGCCGAGUUUGAAAGCUCCGCCUUGUGGAUUCAUGAAUCCUGCCGCAAUUGGAGAGCGGACAACUUUACCCGUCGAGACUUUGCCAUUCUCUACAAUUAUCUCGUCGUGGGAGGCCUCGAUAUGUACGCCGCCGAGUGGAUCCCCAAUAUUACCCAUGACCAGCGUCCCAGGAUUGAAGCCGAGGGGCAAACGGGGUGGGGUAGCGUCGAGGGGGUGGAAGACUACCAGGGAUUUACAGGCUACGAACCAGACCCCAACAACACUGGAGAACUCAUCGUGGCGCCUCGAAGUGAACAACCCUUCUACUUUCCGAUUCAUUUUGGGGAACCCGCCGAGAACGUGGCCAACGCAGGACACUUUGAUCUCUUUAGUCCGCCCUAUGAACGCCCCUACAUCCUCAAGGCUCUGGAAACCUGGGAACCCGUCCUGACGGCCAAGUUUGAAGUCAUGAAACGCGAGGAUCUAGUAGGAGGAUACACGGUGGAAUUGUAUCAUCCCGGUACUCCCUUGCCCGACGAGUUUGACGUGACAACUGCUCACGAUUUGUCCAAUGUGGUCAUCAACAUUAAUUCGGUACUCUACCGGGCUGCCACCCAUCAGACGGACCGUCUCGAAGUGUAUCUUUAUGAUACUACCUUUGCGGCGGUUGACGACGACGUGCAACCUGACUUUUUGGGUGGCAUUGCGCGAGAUGUCGAGACGGCGGAACUGGUGAUGCUCAAUGAGACGGAAUACGAAGGACUCUCCGAAACGUAUCUCUACUUUGAACGGACUCUGGCGAUUGCCGGGAGACAGUGGAAGGUCGUGGCAAUCCCCAAGCAUGGAAACUUCAAACCGAAUAUUACCUCUACCAUUCUGAGUGGCGGUCUCAUCUUUGUGGGAGCCGUCUUUUUGUCCAUGUGGAUCAUCAACAACAUGCAACGGGCCAACGAAAUGAAUCGAGUCAUUACCAAGGCGGCGGCCGAAGCGGCCAUUGUGGCAUCACUCUUCCCGGCCAAUGUCAGGGAGCGCAUGAUCCAAGACGCACUUGCCAAACAAAAGGGAGUCUAUAAUGGAGAAGAUUUUGGGGAUGAUGAAGCUUUGGUUGGGUCCGGUUACGAUGGGGCCAUUGAGACAAGGCUACUUAGUAGUGAGGGCAUCUUUGGAAGUAAACCGAUUGCCGACCUUCAUCCCUACACCACCAUCAUGUUUCUUGAUCUUGUUGGAUUCACGGCAUGGAGCUCCUCACGGGAUCCCUCCCAGGUGUUCCAAUUGCUCGAAACCGUUUACCACAGCUUUGACACUAUUGCAAAGCGCCGUCAGGUGUACAAAGUUGAGACAGUGGGUGAUUGCUAUGUUGCCAUCGCUGGUCUCCCAACCCCACGAAAAGAUCAUGCUGUUGUCAUGGCCAGGUUCGCGAACAAUUGCCGCGAUCAGAUGCAAAAGAUCUGCAAUGCCCUGGAGACAGUUCUUGGACCUGACACGGGAGAUCUUGCCUGCCGUGUGGGAUUGCAUUCAGGUCAGGUUGUUGGGGGAGUGCUUCGGGGUGAAAAGAGCAGAUUCCAGCUCUUUGGUGAUACAGUCAACAUGGCAUCGAGGAUGGAGAGCACUGGGGCCCGAAACCGUAUUCAAAUGUCUCGAGAAACUGCAGAACUCCUACAAGACGCGGGAAAGGGUAACUGGGUUGUUCCCAGGGACGAUCCAGUUGCUGUCAAAGGCAAAGGAACGCUCUCUACAUUCUGGCUUCAGAUGAAAGUGGGUUCAAGGGCAUCUUCGAAUUCUCUGAGUGAGCUUGAUAUCGAGGAAAGCUGCCGUUUACCGGCGCCCGUCGUGAAGAAGGAGCGGGUUGUACCGUUGGCCGACGAGAAGACCGAACGUCUGGUCGCUUGGAACGUCGAAGUCCUUUGUAGCCUCUUGCGAAAGAUCGUGGCAAGAAGGGCAGCCAGAAGUUCAGCCAGCAAACGCCGAUCGGAGUCUCCUAAUCCGAAGACACAAAAGCAACCGGAGAUGGUUUUGGAUGAAGUCAAGGAUAUCAUCAAACUGCCAUCUUUCAAUGAAACUGCUGUCAGGAGACAAGUGGACCCAAACACCAUUGUUUUGAGCGCUCAAGUGACGAGAGAGCUUGAGUCUCUGGUAUCCAACAUCGCUUCCAUGUAUCGUGACAACCCCUUCCAUUCGUUUGAACAUGCUUCGCAUGUCACAAUGAGCGUUUUGAAAAUGAUGACCAGAAUUGUUGACCCCAAGGAGAUUGCCGCAAAGAAACGACAGGGUGAACUGAACAACAACCAGCUGGAGGCUGAGCUUCACGAUCAUACGUUCGGGAUCACUUCGGAUCCUCUUACUCAAUUCGCUUGCGUCUUCUCGGCAUUGAUUCAUGACCUUGACCACCACGGAGUCUCCAACAUGACCUUGGUUCAGGAAGCAUCCCCUCUUGCAAUCAAGUACAAGAACAAGAGCGUAGCCGAACAGAACUCUGUGGAUCUUGCCUUUGAUCUGUUGAUGAGGCCUGAGUAUACGAACCUGAGGGUUGUCGUGUGCUCUGGCGAGGAAGAGUCUAGUCGUUUCAGGUCGCUUGUAGUCAACAGUGUCAUGGCAACUGAUGUCAUGGACAAAGAACUCGGCUUGGCUCGAAAAGCACGGUGGGCCAAGGCUUUCGAUGAAGAUGCCAGCAACGAAGAAGGUGAUGAAGUGGCUGUCAACCGUAAAGCAACGAUUGUUAUUGAGCACUUGAUCCAGGCUUCCGACAUCUCCCACACGAUGCAGCACUGGCACGUUUACGUGAAGUGGAACGAGAAACUCUUCCAUGAGCUCUACAGAGCUUACAAGAAUGGUCGCCUGCAGCAAGACCCGAGUAUGGGGUGGUACAAUGGUGAACUUGGAUUCUUUGACUACUAUAUCAUCCCAUUGGCGAAGAAGCUGUUCACCUGUGGAGUGUUUGGCGUCUCGAGUGACGAGUUUUUGAACUACGCACUUGAAAACCGUGAAGAAUGGGCGCGGAAGGGGGCUUCUAUGGUUGCCCAGUACGUGAAAAGUUACGAGGAACAGUACGGCAAGGUAGAUCCAAUGCCCCAACCACUGAAACCCGAAGAAUCGAGUGUUACGGCUUCUUCAGACGACAACUCUUCAGUGGGCCUGCCAAUUGACUCGGUACCGGAGCCGCCACAAACGGAGCCAUAGUCGUUGCGGUACACGGACUAAGCGCUGAGGGGACAACGGGUUUCUGCGCACCUCCAACUUCUUUCAUCCAAUGUUGCAUACAUGUCAAGGGUCUGCUCUCAUCGGGGCGAGAGGCAAUUUUUUAAACCUCAGGGAUCCUCCAUCGAUAUCCUCCUGCUUCACUGAGUUGUGUUCCGUUACAACGAAGGGCUCUUUUUGUCAUUGUAAUAAUGAUAAAACUGCAUACUAAGCUAGCAUACACGUAAAGAUCUAUCAUGUUGCACAGUGCCGAAGACCAACGUUCCUAAUCCCCAAUGAUGUUCUACCAAA